CAACAGGUUGGGCUCACGCCUGUAAACUCGGAGCACUUUGGGAGGCCCAAGUGGGAGACCAUUUGAGGCCAGGAGUUCGAGAGCAACCUGGGCAACACAGACCCCACCUCUACAAAAAAGAAAACUGGCCUUGGUGGCGCGCGCCUGUAAUCCUAGCUACUUGGGAGGCUGAGUCAGGGGGAUAGCUUGAGUCCCGGAGGUGGAGGCUGCCGUGAGCUGAGAUCACGCCACUGCACUCCAGCCUGGAUGACAAACUGAGACCCUAUCAAAAAAAAAAAAAGUGCCCUGCUCAGUUUUUCCUGAAAUGCGCAGCCCUCGCUUGUAGCCAGGAGAGAACUCCGCGAGCCAGCAAAACACAAACUCGGCCAGGAAACGGACCACAAGCCCACCCGGAGGAGCCAGAAGAGUACGCUGCGCCGCGGGUUCUUCUUCCGGGCCGGCGGCGAGCGCUUCCGGGGCGGCGGCGAGGGAGGUAGAAGUGCAGUGUCCUGGCAGGUGGCUGCUGUCUCUGGGCGGGCCUGGGAGGCUCCCGAGGUGGGGGCCGGGUUGGGAUGGCUGCAGCGGCGGCCGGGGCCGGGAGCGGGCCCUGGGCGGCCCAGGAGAAGCAGUUCCCGCCGGCGCUGCUGAGUUUCUUCAUCUACAACCCGCGCUUCGGGCCGCGUGAAGGAGAGGAGGAAAAUAAGAUUUUAUUUUAUCAUCCAAAUGAGGUAGAAAAGAAUGAAAAGAUUAGAAAUGUCGGAUUGUGUGAAGCUAUUGUACAGUUCACAAGGACCUUUAGCCCAUCAAAACCUGCAAAAUCUUUACAUACCCAGAAGAAUAGACAAUUCUUCAAUGAACCAGAAGAACAUUUCUGGAUGGUCAUGAUUGUUCGGAAUCCUAUAAUUGAAAAACAGAGUAAAGAUGGAAAACCAGUUAUUGAAUAUCAAGAGGAAGAGUUGUUGGACAAGGUUUAUAGUUCCGUGCUACAGCAGUGCUACAGCAUGUACAAGCUUUUUAAUGGAACAUUUCUGAAAGCCAUGGAAGACGGAGGCGUCGAGCUUCUGAAAGAAAGAUUAGAGAAAUUCUUCCAUCGGGUAAGUACUUUGAAUUUCAUUUAUAACUUUAGUGAGCAUUCAGCAGAUUUUUAGAGAAAUAUGGACGGGCAAGUUUGUUUCUUACGUACAAAAAACCCAGAACUUGAAAGUGGCAAAGAGCCUGAGACGGACCGUCGUAAAACUGGAGCAGCGAGGAACCGUGUGAGGCGUACGCUCUGGACCCUCCUCCAGCUGUAAGGCAGAGCUUCCUGCAUUCGCCCGGAGCUCUUAAAGAGUCCUGGAGUCAUCGUUUGGCCUCCUUGUGUUUUACCUGCGUCUGUUCUGGGCUUACCCAGCAGCCGUCUUUUGUGUGAUGGAUGAGUUGAUAAGGAAAACGUGAUUAUUGGAGUUGCACAUUCUUAGGGAUGGGCUCUGUUCACUAAACAGGCAUAAGCUGUGUUGAUGCAGGAAGAGUUACUGAGUUACUGGCUGUGGGCCUUUGUCAGAUGAGUGAUUAGGGACAUGUGUCCCAAGUGGUGUUCUCUUCCAUUGUGUUUGAAUUUUGCAUAUUUCACCCGACCUUG